AUGGUCGCCAGCGACAAGCCCGUGUUAAUCAUCGGCGCCGGCGUCGUGGGAUUGACGUUGGCCCACGGCCUCAAGAAGGCCAACAUCCCCUUUGAAAUCUUCGAGCGCGACGAAACCAUCGAUGCCCGCGGCCAGGGAUACGCCAUCACCCUGCACUGGGUGCUGCGCUUCCUGCACGACAUGCUCGACAAGGAGACGCUCGACGCCAUAGACGGCGUCCAGGUCGACCCGGAGGUCGGCCGCAACGACAACGGCAACUUCAUCUUCAUCAACCUCAAGACGCUCGAGACCAAGUUCCGCAUCCCGCCCAACCACCGCCGCCGCGUCAACCGCGAGAAGCUGCGCAAGGUGCUGCUCCAGGGCGUCGCCGACCACGUCCGCUGGGGCAAGAAGCUGGUCGACAUCCGUCUGAGCGACGGCGACGACGGCGACUCACACAGCGACGGCGUCACGGCCAUCUUUGCCGACGGCUCCUCGGCCACCGGCUGGAUGCUCGUCGGCGCAGAGGGCAGCAACUCGCAGACGAGGCGGUUCCUCGUGCCCGACGCCUACCGCAACCACCAGCUGCCCGUCAAGAUGAUUGGCGCGUCCGCCGACUUCACGCCCGCCCAGGUCGCGCCGCUGCGGCGCAUCGACCCGCUGCUCUUCCAGGGCUGCCACCCGGACACGGGCGUCUUCCUCUGGAUCUCCAUGCUCGAGACGCCCGAGGUCAACGGCACCGCGGCGGGGGCGCCCGGCGACGAGCGCUACCGCGUGCAGGUCAUGCUCUCGUGGCUGGACAAGGACCGGGACGAGGCCGUCCCCGAGUCGAGCCGGGAGCGCGUCGCCCUGAUGAAGCGCCUGGCCGCGGGCUUCCACCCGGACCUGCACGACGCCAUCCAGGCCGUGCCCGAGUCCUCGCCCGCGCUGCACCUCCUCCUGCAGGACUGGCCGUGCCAGGACUGGGACAACCGCGGCGGCCGGGUGACGCUUGCGGGGGAUGCCGCGCACGCCAUGGUCAUGUACCGUGGCGAGGCGGGCAACCACGGCAUCCUCGACGCCUGGCAUCUGCUGCGCGAGAUCAAGGCUGUGUAUGCCGGCGACAAGACCCGGGCCGAGGCCGUGGGCGACUACGAGAGGGAGAUGAGGGAGAGGGCCACGCCGGCUGUCUUGCUCAGUCGGCAGGCCUGCCUGGACGCCCACGAUUACGACGGCUUGAAUGAGAACUCGGCGGUGCUCAAGAAGAGGGCCAUUAAUGCGUGA